UAAUAUAUAAUAUAUUGAAACGUUUAAUUUACCAAGAUACAAAAUGUUUUAACUUCUUUACCAAGGAAUAAUAUUUCUAAUAGGAUCAAUUAGAAUCUUUAUGGAACAUCUCGCGCCAUUAAUCGUGACAAUCGAGAGGGCACCACUACUUUGAAAUUAAUAACAAUAAAUCAUGACGUAUUCAUGAAGAAGAGAGAGGAAAGGAAAGAAGAUCGAACGGAACGCGUUUGAAAUUCCUCGCCGUCUCAUGCGAGGAGUACGCGCUUCGUUCUGAAUGCAAAUGCGUUCUGUAGACGACGAGGAGGGCACGAUUUUGUAUAUAGCAACUAUACUACGCUUCUCGUUUCAAGAGCAACAAGAGUUUGUCCUUUUUCGUUCGUUGCGCCACCUGUUAUAUCUCUCUCCAGCCGAUUUCAAAGGCGGCUAGAGUGCACUUGGCUUGCUUUUGUUUGAAUGCUAUUAGAAAUGAAAGCUUUUACUUGACUUUCAGAUGUUGUCCAUUCGACAAAUAUAUUUUUCAUCAUUUCUAUUAUUAAUAUCAAUAUUUUUAACUUGUAUAUUUACCUUAACAAUUGUAUCGAUGGAGAGGAAGAAGAAAUAUCAGGAUGAAAAACGGAAUUUCAUUUCUUCUCGAAAAAUAAUCAAAUGUUCUUGUCCUGAUAAUACGAAAUUUGGCAAAGAAAAACUAUGUCGAGAAAUAGACGUGGAUUAUGUUGUACAUAAAUUGCACGGACUUAUAUCCGAUCCAGUCACUAAAGAUGACGUAUCACGAAUCUCUAGACUGUUGUAUGACUAUCAGGAACAACUUUGCGAUCGGGCUUACAUGGUAAAACACUUACCAAUGGUAAUAAAAAUAAUAGAAUUCUUAGCAACGAACGCAAAAAGCGUAGAAGAUUAUCGUUCGCAUCUCGAACAGAUGUUGGAGUUUUCUAAUCGACCACCUCUAUUGGAAAAAUUCUUUCAAAACGUUACUUGUUCAGACAUAAUGGAACAAUAUUUUACAUUCUUUGGGUAUCUACUAACGAUCUUACCUAGGAAGCAAGAGCUCCUUAAAGUGCACGAAGCCCUUCGUUCUUUAUUAAUCAGAACUGUGCCAGGUGAUCCUUCCGCAGUGAAGUCUGAGAUUUGUCGUGCUGCUAUGGAGAAGUCGAAUCUGUCCUUUAUCGUAACCGAGAUAUUAAAAACUUCCUCCCCGGAAGAAUAUCCUACGAUCUUGGAGUUAAUCUUCCUACUUUCGUCUACUUCCUGUCUCUGUUGUCACAAAAUGUUAGAAGCUGGUAUUCUGAAUUCUCUGCUAAUUAGAAUGGACCUUGCUUACGCGAUUCAAGUGUUUUGUAAACCACCGCCAAACGAGCUCCUGGAAGGAGACGAGUACUCAGAUGAUACAAUGGUUUUGAUAAUGAAUAUCUUAUGGACCCUGAUGAGAUCUAUUUUGCCUCCGAAAAAAGUACCAGCUUGUUUGAAAGACUUUGGUACUCCAGUACAUUGUGCUAUGUGGUAUUCCUCUUCUUUUUUUAUUCCUAUUUGAUACAUCAACGCGAAAAUAUUGCAAGUAAAAUUUCUAUCUCAAUUUUAGGGGUCUUCGUUAUGCCUUCAAAAAACAGAUAUACAAAAGUCAGAAUUGUAAAUUCAAUGCAAAACUUCGAAACGAAAUGACAUUGCUCAUUCUACUUAUAGUUCAACUUUUUCCACGUUGUACCAUUAUCAGCAAUGGUAUAGCCAACGAUGUCCUAUCCCUUUUAAUUGACUGCCUCUCUGGUAGAAUUAAUAUCUGGUCAAAGAACAUCAAAUUUGUUCCUAACAAAGAGAACCUCGUUUUCUUGAAAACACUUUUACUAAUCGUGUCUAAUCUUGCUACGUUUAAUGCCUCUAUCCAUGUAGAUAAUUUUCUCUAUUAUGAUCAUAAAAAUUUAUCAGGAAUCAUUUUGAACAAAUUAUUUCCCUAGAUCAUGAUCGAACUGAACGUCUUAUCACCAAUAUUUGGCUUCAUUGAUUUGAAUUCAAAAUCUGUUUGGAGUCCACCUCAAUUUUGGCAUCUUUUCGAACAUGCAAUAUUCACUUUGAUUGCACUUGCGCCAAAACUACCUAAGGAAUUCGUUGAACACGAUGGAACCCAAAAGUAACUUCGAACGUUGUUCUUAAUUUCGAGUUUUUACGAAUUAAUUUUGAAAGCCAUUGACAUUGUAGAUUGAUGUCCAUUUUGCAAUGGUGUACCUCGAACGAAUUUGAUUCGAAAUUUACAAUGAUUUCUACUAAGGCAGU